GGUUUCUUUCCGACAGAAGGUCGGCGUCGCCUUUUGUAUAGAACUAGAAUGCCAGGGCUGGGUCCGUAACCUUAAUGGAGAAAAUCUCGGUACUGACUUCUUUUGUUGCUCCUUAAGGUCGCAUCAGCCCCAAUUAUAUUGAAACGCAAAAUAAUAUGUUUUCGAAAACCAUGGACCCAGUCCAGGAUGGGCUUGGGCUAUGGGACGACUGGUUGCAUAGCUCGCUAGCGUACUUACGAAAGGAACACCUGCUGCGUACGCUUCGGCCCACGGUCUGUUGUAAUUCGUCGUCUGAGGCGCUAAUACAUCGGGCUGACCUAGAAGCAUGGAUCGCAGGACAGCCGCCCGUCGUACAACACUAUGACCAUUGCGGCUCGCUAGCUGGAUCAGCUGCUUCUACUAGCUUACCAUCGUACGACAAUAAACCCUACCAGCAUGUCGUACAACACUAUUCUGGCGAUGAGCUUGUACAAGCAACAAGUACCGCAAUCAGUGGCAGCAGCAACUGCUGCUGCCCUUCCGACCGUCAGCCAGCCGGUCAGUCGGGGCCAGGCAGUCCUGCAACUGCCGCAGCAGCCAAUACCACCUCUUCCCGCACGUCCUCUGCUCCUUCCCCUUCGUCAUCUUCCUCCCCAACCGCCACUACCACCCCCGCAACGACCCGCGACCCCGCGGAUCCCGGUUCGUUGGUUCGGUUGCGGUUGUUUUCGCUCAACGACUACCUAGGACUGGCCUCUCACCCGGAGGUGGCGGGGGCGGCGGCGCGGGCGGCAGCGAAGGUUGGCCUAGGUCCCCGCUCCAGUGGUGUGGUGGCGGGCUACACGCACAGCCACCGGCAGUUGGAGCAGGGGCUGGCUCGGUUGAAGGGCACCGAGGAGGCUCUGCUGCUGCCCACCGGCUUCGCAGCCAACCUGGCGGCCAUCACCUGCCUGGCUGCUGCUGCUGCGGGAGGGGGAG